UGCUCGCAGCCAUAGGAACAGGUGCAUGGAAUUCCGGCAGAGGAGUAGAGCCUAAGCUUGACAACGGAGUACGGUGUCCAUGCGCGUGUUUUCAAAACGGCUUUCAUAUCCUUGUAAUGUGAGGCACGUCCAGUAGUGAGUAAGGUGCCACUGUGUGCGUCUGUGUGUGUCUCAGUGAGAGUGGGAGAGAGAGAGAGGGCGUGUACAUCUAUUACACGGACACGUUGCAUCGCUGCUGGGAAGAUUGCGUUGGAAAGGCAAUAUAACAUUGUUGUUAUCUGUGCAUGUAGGAACUGGAUGGCGGUGAAUUUGUAGGAAUAUAAUACAGAAAGAUACUACAUGUAAAUAAUUCGCAGCAACGAUGAGCCACCAGUACUACGACGCGACGGCCAACUUUGAGAAGGGUCGGAUCAAGCAGUUGCAGGAGGAGCGGAUAUACAUACAGAAGAAGACCUUCACGAAAUGGAUGAACUCCUACCUCAACAAGGCCGGCCUGGAAGUGAACGAUCUCUUCAAGGACCUGGCGGAUGGUCGGAUGCUGCUGAAGCUGCUAGAAAUCAUCUCUGGCGAUCGCAUCGGGAAGCCCAACCGUGGCCACCUACGCGUGCAUAAGAUCGAAAACCUUAACAAGAGUCUCAACUAUCUAUCGACGAAGGUGCGAUUAGAGAGCAUAGGUGCGGAGGACAUCGUCGAUGGCAACCCGACGCUCAUCCUCGGUCUCAUCUGGACCGUCAUUCUUAGGUUCCAGAUUCAGGAGAUCGAGGUUGUCAUGGAUGAGGAAGAUGAGACCAGUGAGAGGAAGAGUGCGAAGGAAGCUCUGCUACUCUGGUGCAAACGAAGAACGGACGGUCACAAGAACUGCGAGAUUACAAACUUCAGCGGCAGCUGGCGGGAUGGAAUGGGUUUCAAUGCCCUUAUUCAUGCUCACAGACCCGACCUGAUCGCAUAUGAAAGGCUCAACCCAGAUGAGCACAUUCACAAUUUGAACCAGGCGUUCGACAUCGGUGAAAAGGAACUGGGUAUUCCCAGACUGCUUGAUGCCGAGGAUGUGGACGUUAAGCGGCCUGACGAGAAGUCUAUCAUGACCUAUGUUGCCUCGUACUAUCACACUUUCGCCAAGCUGAGAGAUGAGGCAACCAGCGGCAGACGAAUCGCAAAGAUUGUCAAGUUCAUGAUGGAGUGUGACAAACAGAAGGAUGACUACGAGAAAAUGAGCUCAGACCUCAUCCUCUGGGUUCAGCAGAAGGUGGCUCUGCUUAACGAUAGACGCUUCCCCAACAGCAUGGAAGGCAUCCAGCAGGAGCUUGUCGCCUUCAAGGAGUACAGAACCGUAGAGAAACCACCAAAAUUCAAGCAGAAGGGAGACCUCGAGGUGAAUCUCUUCAACCUGCAGACGAAGCUGAAGUCGGAGGGAAGGAAGCCGUAUAUGCCGCCGGAGAGGAUGCUCGUGAGCGACAUCGAGAGGGCGUGGGAGGAGCUGGAGAAGGCUGAGCACGCCCGCGAGCUCGCACUAAGGGAGGAGCUGCAAAGGCAAGAGCGCUUGGAGCAGCUGGCCGAGAAGUUUGAGCGCAAGGCUGGCUUGCGUGAGAGCUGGCUACAGGACAUGAACCUGGUGUUGGACGACAUGAACAUAGGUACCAGCGCGAGCCAGGUGGAACUAGCCGCCAAGCGUCACGAAACCAUCACAACGGAGGUGCUUGCCAGGAAAGAUCGAUUCCACCUUCUUACAAAUAUGGCCAAAGAACUGAUUCAGGCUAACUUUCAUGGCUCGGACAAAAUCAAGUUGAAGCAAGAGCAGAUCAGCACGGACUGGAACACACUGCUAGAUAAGCUAAAACAGAGGAAGCAUACGCUGCAGAGUGCGUCUACUCUGAUGGGUGUACUGAGAGAUGUGGAGAGCCUGCAGAUCGACAUGAAGCACUUGGAGGCCAACGUGCAGUCGAAGGACUUCGGCAAGCAGCUGAUGGCUGUGGAGGACCUGCUGCAGAAGCACAAGCUGACGGAGGGCGAGGUGGCGUCGCUCGGCGAACAAGUGAACAACAUCAACCGCAAGGCGGCCGAGAUGGAGAAGGUCGGCGACAGCCCCGUGCUGAAGAGGAGCCUCGAGGAGCUGAACGCCUCCUACGACAGGUGGGCGGGGAUCACGCCGGAGACUGCGAUGAAGAAGAGCCACCGCGCCGCGGAGGAGGAGGAGGUCGAGGAGAACGGGGUCGAGUACGUCGACGUGCCCUACGAGGUCGAGGGGGAGGAGCUCGUAGAGAGGGAGGUGCUGAAGGAGGUCGUCGAGGAGAAGAACGUGCCGCAGGUGAAGGCAACGUUCCCCUACACGGGUCACGGCAUGCAGGUCAAGGGAGAGGUUCUGAUGCUGCUGCGCAAGACGAACCAGGACUGGUGGAACGUGCGGCGCGAGAACGGACAGGAGGGCUACGUGCCGGCAAACUACUGCAACGAGGUGGCGCCGCGUAAGCUUCAGCGCGUCGUCAAGCGGCCCGUGAAGGUUCAGGAGAAGGUCAAGGUGAAGAAGACUGCGUACAAGACGGAGGCGCGCCCUGCUGGCAAGAAGCUGCGACGGACGCCAUCAGUUCGAAGUGUUAAUAAUCUCCACUUUGACAAGGAAAACGUUGAGAAAAAGCAAAAACACGCCAACGAUACCUACAAGAAACUCUGCAAACUCGCUCAGGCGAGGCAUAUGUGUCUAGAAGAUGCGAUGAAGCUGUACAGAUUCUACAGAGAAUGCGACGACUUUGAUUGGUGGAUGGCGGACAAGGAGAAGGCUUUCUCCAACGACGACCCCACUGAAAAUAUCGAGACGAGGAAAAGAAGAUACGAGAAGCUACUCACGGACCUGGCAGCCAAUAGCGGCCGACCCGACCAGAUCAACAAGAUAGCCGAAGAUAUCUUAGUGACCAGUCACACGAUCAAGGAGCCGGUCAAGAAGCGGCAGAAGGAGAUCAAUGACCGGUGGAAGAAUCUGAACAAGCUUCGUCUAGCAAAGGAGAAAUCGCUCGAGGGUGCAUCCAGUCUGGAUCUGUUCGAUCGUAAGUGCGCACACGAUGACGCGGAUCGACGAGAAGUCUGCGGCGGGCUCGACGAUACCAUGGACACGGGCAGGAGCCUGCAGGCGGUGCGCUCGCUGCAGAAGCAACACGAGAACAUCGCGCGCGAACUCAGACCCGUGCAGGACGAGAUGAAGAAAAUCGGCCUGUUGUCUGCGACUGUGCAGUCAGCCUACCCAGAACAGGCCAAGCAUGUCAGCACAAAGGAGGGAGAGCUGCAGAAAGCAUGGAAUGCUCUCGCGGAAAAGGCUGACACGACCAAAGCUCAGAUGGAAGAAUCGCAUGGACAAAGGAUCUUCAUAGCUGAAGCAGACGACCUGAUGAACUGGGCCGAGGGUGUGAAGGAUCUGCUGAGGCAGGACGAGCGAGCGUCGGACGUGGCGACGGCCGAGGACCAGCUGAAGAGACACCAGGACCUAGCAGACGACAUCAAGGCUCACGAAGACACGUUUGACAAGGUCGAUGCGCUCGGUGCGAAGCUACUGAAGAAGGCACCGCAGUCUGCUGAGGUGAAGGGCGUACUGCAGCGUGUGCAGAACGCACAGAGCGACGUCACCGACGGCUGGAAGGACAAGCAGCAGAAGCUACUGAAUAACCUAGACCUGCAGCUGUUUAACAGGGAGGCGGACCAGGUGGACUCGGUGACGGGCGGACACGAGCGCUACCUGGACGUGCAGGACCUCGGCGGAUCGAUCGACGACGUCGAGAAGCUGAUUAAGCGACACGAGGACUUUGACAACAAGCUGUACGUUCAGGACGAGCGCGUGAAGCAGUUCAGCGAGAUGGCCGACAAGCUGCUGCAUGCGCAGCAUCCCGAGAACAAGUACAUCCAUGAAAAACGUGUUGCCGUGAAGCAUAGGCGACAGGACGUGAAGAGGAAAAGUAAGGGUAGAAGAGAAGUUCUGCACAACGCUCUCGCCUUCCAGGAGUUCAAAAGAGAUGCUGAAGAGCUGGCGACGUGGAUGUACGAGAAGAGGCAGAUGGCGGCGGAUGAGUCGUACAGGGAUCCUACCCACCUGCAGAGGAAACUACAGAAGCAUCAGGCUUUCCUCGCAGAACUGAAGGCCAACGAAGACCGUCUGGACACUAUUAACCAGAAUGGUCAAGCUCUCAUCAAAGCAGAGCACUAUGCACAGGCAGAGGUGCAGGAGAUACUGGACGACCUCAACCACCAAUGGACGGACCUGUGUAGCCUUGCUGCUGACAAACAGCAAAAGCUACAGCAGGCAGCUGCGCAGAAGGAUCUGUAUGGUACUCUGGAAGAGGGACGCAAAACUCUGGAUGAGAUGGAGCGAGCUCUGGCCACGGAUGACGUCGGAAAGGACUUGAGGUCGGCACGAGACAUGCUGGCAAAGCACCAGAUGCUCGAACAAGACAUAGAAAGAGAAAAUGAAAAGGUGAAGGGGCUGAACGCCACAGGGCAGGAGUUAGCGCAAGCCGGUCACUUUAACACAGCGAAGAUCCUGGAGGAUACUGAGGUCUUCAGCAAGAAGUUUGAUAAGCUGCAGGGGCCGAGUACGAGUCGCCGCGAGACGCUGGAGACGAGCCUGCAGUACCACCAGUUCGUCUUCGACGUCGACAACGAGCUGCAGUGGAUCCACGACCACAUGCCGUCAGCAACCUCGUCCGACUACGGCAAGAGUUUGUUCGACGCGCAGAACCUGUACACGAAGCACCAGAAAUUCAAGCAGGAGUUGCACAGCCACCAGCCGUUCGUGGAGCGCCGCCUGGUGGAGGGCGAGGAGCUGGUCGCCGGGCGUCACCCGAACGCGCGAGACAUCCGCGACAAGUGCUACGAGCUGCGCAGCGCGUGGGACGGCCUGCUCGACGGAUCCGCGGCGAGGGAGAAGAAGCUGGAGCUGUCUCUGGGAGCUCAGAAGUUCUACUCGGAUGCUGCGGAGAUUGAGCAGUGGAUUAACGAGAAGCAGCGUGUCUGCAGCAGCGAGGACUGUGGCAAGAACGAGGUGGCUGCCAACAGACUCCUCACCAAGCACAAGGCAUUGGAGGUGGAGAUAGACAGCUAUAUGACGCGUCUAUCUGAUCUUAAGCAACUUUCCCAGAAGCUCCUAGACUCAGGCCAUCCAGAUUCCAAGUCCAUCGGCAAGAAAACGCAACAGAUGGAGGCGCAUUUGAACAACCUGAAGAAGAUGGCGACGGCUCGCAAGCGCCGCCUGGAGGACGCUAGAGACCUGUUUGAGUACGUGCGCGAGAGCGAGGACUUUGAGCAGUGGAUCGCGGAGAAACUGCAGCAGGCACAGAGCGAGGACUACGGACAGGACUUUGAACACGUGCAGGAGUUGCACAACAAGUAUGAUGAGUUCAAGCUACAGGUGGAAGCAGGGGGUGAGCGGUAUGCACAGUGUCAGAAGCUGGCUGAGCGACUUAUCGACCACCAGAACCCCCACGCAGACGACAUCAAGAACCGACAGCAGCAGCUCAAGGAAGCUUGGCAGAGCCUGCUUAAGUCGUCAGAGGAACGAGACAAUAAGCUUCAGGCAGCAGGAGAGAUACAUCGCUUCAACCGUGACGUUGGCGAUUCGCUGUCCAGGAUACAAGAGAAAUACGCGAGCAUUCCGGACGACCUUGGGCGUGACCUCAACGGUGUACAGAGUCUGUUACGCAAGCACGAGGCCUUCGAGAAUGACCUUGUAGCACUUGAAGGUCAGCUGCAGGUGCUACUGGAUGACAGCGGGCGUCUCUGCGCCCAACAUCCAGGUGGCAAUGCAGACGACAUUAAGCAGCAACAGGCGAUCGUUGUUGAGAACUGGAACAACCUGCAGGAGAGGGCCGGACAGCGGCGCGAGGAGCUGCAGAUGUCCUGCGACCUCCAUCGCUUCAUGGCCAACGCGCGCGACCUCACGAGCUGGGCGAACGAGACGCAGACGGCGAUGGCGGCCGAGCAGCCGGCGCGCGACCUCGCCGGCGUGCAGGCGAUGAAGAAGAACCACGACGAGCUGAAGGCGGAGAUCGACGCGCGCGACGAGGCGUUCGCAACCGUCAUGCAGGCCGCGAAGAUGAUGAAGGACGGCGGCCAUUACGCGGGCGAUGAGAUCACAGCAAGGGCAAAGCAGACACUCGAUGCUAAGACGAAACUGGACAAGGACUGGAAGGAAAAGGCCGAGCGUAUUCAGGAGUUGCUCAAGCAGCAGCAGAUACUCAGAGAUGCCAAGCAACUCGACAGCACCAGUGCAACGCAGGAGAAGGUUCUCAAACGCGACGUGACGCUUCAGCAGUCCCUCGACUUCCUGCACCGUCGUAGGGAUCUCCGCCGAGCUCAGAUACGCCUGCGGGGCAGACAGACGACAGACGAUGUGUCAGCGAAAACAUCUAGUAGACGUCUAAGCAGGAAUCUAGCCGUCAGCCGCGGAGCUCAGAUACGCCUGCGCGGGGAGCUCAAGCAUACGCCUGCCAGGGUAGACGACAACGAUUGUGAGGAAAACAGCAGCAGACGUCUAAGCAGGAGAUCUACCGCUCAGGAGCUUCAGAUACGCCUGCGGCGGCAGACAGAUGACAACGGUAUGUGUAUGGGAAAAAACACAGCGACGUCUAAGCAGGAAAGUACCGUCAGAAGCUCAGAUAGCCUGCGGGACAGGACAGACGACAACGAUGAGGAAAAACACAUGCAGACGUCUAAGCAGGAAUCUACCGUCCAGGGGAGCUCAGAUAUCGGCCUGCGGGAAGGGCGCCGGGGACCGAGGGGCAGAGUGAAGGAGCUCUCUGAUGAGAAGAAAAACAAGCUUCAGGAUGCUUUGCUCUAUGCACAACUCAACAGAGACUAUGCUGAGACAUCGGCGUGGAUCGCGUCGAAGCAGAAGAUGGUGGAGGAGCCGUUAGGUGAGGUGACCAGCCUGCAGGACAAGAUGAAGAAGCUGCAGAAACAUCAGGCCGUCGAGGCGGAGAUAGCCGCCAACGAACCACGCAUCGACAAGAUCAAAGAGGCUGGUGAGACACUGGUUGCCAAGAAACAUCCAGAGUCGGAAAAGGUGAAGACGCAGACGAACAACCUGCUCGGACAGUGGCGCGACCUGCGGGAGUCGGCAGACAACCGCGCUAAAGUCCUCGAGGAAGCGAGAGACAUCCUAGAGUUCAACAGCCAGGUGGAGAAGGUUGAGGCGUGGAUGCGCGAUAAGACGGUGAUGAUUCAGGCAGGAGACACGGGGCGGGAUUACGAACACUGCCUGGAAUUGCAGAAAAAGUUGGAUGACAAGGACUCUGCCGUGCAUGUUAAUGCUGACACGAUAAAGGCAGUUAACAAGCUGGGAGACAGGCUGGUGCACCAAGGCCGCUCGGACACGCGUGAGGUGCAGGCCAAGCAGCAGCAGCUUAACAACAAAUGGGAUGCCUUGCAGGGAGCGUUGGAAUCACACAAGGCACAGCUUGCUGGUGCGCUAGAGGUCCACGCAUUCAUUCGUGAUUGCAACGAAGUGAAAUACAGAAUUAAUGAAAAGGCACUAGCUUUCCAAGUUGAGGACUGUGGUAAAGAUUUGGAUGGUGUAGAGACACUACAGCGCAAGCAGGAUGCGGACGAGAGAGGAAUGACUGCCAUCUAUAGCCGCAUACAGGAACUGAAUGAGGGUAGCAAGAAACUGCAAAAGAAACAUCCUAAUAACGUUUCCACGAUCCUUGACAAGCAGACUGAGGUUGCAAACGACUGGCAUCGUCUCAUUGACCUGUCAAAGGCUAGAAAGGACAAGUUGGCAGCAUCUUACAGUCUACAGAAGUUCAAUUCUGACCUCAAGGAACUGGAGACGUGGGUAAACAGCAUGCUAGCACGCAUGACCUCUGGCGAUAUGCCCAAGGACAUUUCCGAGGCAGAAUCCGUGAUGGAGCUUCACCAGGAGCGCAAAGCGGAGAUCGACGGCCGCGAGGAGGGCUUUGAUCGUCUGCGUAACUACGGCCGCAACCUGAUCAACGAGCGUCACUACGCGAGUGAGGAUGUGCACGCGAGCCUCACCUUCCUAGACGAGCUGCAGCAGCAGCUGAAGGACACGUGGCAGGAGCGCAACCGCCUGCUGCAGCAGUCCUACGACCUACAGGUGUUUAAGGAUUGUGCUGAGCAAGGUGACGCCUGGCUAGCAUCCAAGGAGGCAUUCCUCAACAAUGAAGAUCUAGGAGACUCGAUCUCCGACGUGAAGGCUCUGCUGAAGAAACACGAGGACUUUGAGAAGUCUCUGCAGACGCAGGGAGAGAAGAUCGCCACGCUCGAGCAGCUAGCAGCCGACCUCGUCCGCAAGAACCACUUUGACAGUGACGGCAUCACAGCGAGGUCAGCACAGGUCACGGCGAGGAGAGAUCGUCUGCUUGCAAAGGCCUCCGCACGCACGCGAAAGCUAGAGGACUCGAUGAAGCUGCAGAAGUUUCUGAGGAAUGCUUACGAUGUGACUAACUGGAUGCAGGAGAAGAUGCAGAUGGCCUGCGAUGAGUCAUACAGGGAACCCGUCAACCUGCAGUCGAAGAUACAGAAGCAUCAAGCGUUCGAGGCAGAACUGCAAGCCAACAAGGGCAGAAUCACCGCCGUGAAAAAGGAGGGAGAACGACUCAUUGCGGACGAACACUAUCUAGACGACCUUUGUGCGAGCACGGUGCAAACACUGCAGAACAGCUGGGAGACACUGACAGACACGUCGAACAUAAAGAAGGAGCGUCUGCAGGAUGCGUACCAGGCUCUGGAAGCGGAGAUCGUGUCGCACGAGCCAGGCAUCGAGACGAUAACGACGUCGGCUGAACACAUGAUCAGUGGCAAUCACUUUGCCGCGGGGGAGGUGCAGGCUAAGCUGAACACGCUGCUGCGCGCCCUGCAGGACCUGAAGGACAGCAGUGCGGAGAGACAGAGGAAGCUGCUGGAUGCUGUCGAAUCACACACGUUCUACACUGAGGUAAACGAAGCACUGCAGUGGAUCAAUGAGAAGACACCACUCCUCACUAACAAGGACCUUGGCAAGGAUGAAGACUCUGUACAGUCGCUCAUGAAGAAACUGGACGCGGUCGACGUUGACAUCGACAACUUCAGCAACAACGUCAACAAGCUGGCCAUCCUCAGCCAGGGCCUGGUCAAGCGCGGCCACUUCGACAGCGACAACAUCCGGCAUCAGCAGGAGGCCGUCGAGGCGCGCUACGGCGAGCUGCGCGAGCUCGCCGCCCGCCGGCGCCACCUGCUGACAGACAAUAGGCAUCUUCUGCAGUUUGAGCGCGAGGCGGAGGAGCUGGAAGCGUGGAUGACGGAGAAGGAGGCGCUGGCGGCGGCGGAGGACUACGGCCGCGACGUGGAGCACGUACAGUCUAGGCACGAGGCGUUGGAGGGUGCCAAGCAGGUGCACACGUUCGACCAUGAUACGGAUGAGUUGGUUUCCUGGAUACACGAGAAAGAGGCGAUGCUCAUCACGGAGGACUACGGCCAGGACCUUGAUGCCGUGGAAGCUCUGGAGAGAAGACACUUGGCAUUCGAGCAAGACCUUCACGCCGUCGGCGAGCAGGUGGACAGCGUGAAGCAGACUGCAGCGAGGCUCGGCGGGGAGUUUCCGGACGCGGCCGAGCACAUUCGCAGCAAGCAGGAGGAAGCCGGAGACGCGUGGAGCACGCUGCUCGCUCAGACCGAGCAGAAGAAGAGCAAGCUCGUCGAGUCCGAGAACCUGCAGUCGUACUUCAGCGACUUCCGCGAGCUCAUGGCGUGGAUUAACGAGAUGAUGGCGAUCAUCACUUCGGAUGAGCUCGCUCGCGACGUCCCCGGCGCCGAGGCCCUCAUCGAGAAACACAAGGAGCACCGGGCGGCCAUCGACAUGAAGAUGGGCGCGUUCGAGAAGUUCACGCGCUCGGGCGAGGACCUGAUUGCGCGCGGACACUUCCUGUCAGACGACAUCCGGGAUAAGAUCCAGAAGCUGGACGGCGCGCGAGACCAGCUGCUGGACACGUGGCGGCAGCGGUCAGUUCUGUACGACCAGAACCUAGACGCACAGAUGUUCAAGCGAGAUGCCGAGGCUCUGCAGUCGUGGCUGCGCGCGCGCGAGCCUGUCCUGCGAGACGCCAACUAUGGACAGUCGGUGAAGGAGGUCGACGAACUCAUACAGCGGCACGAGGACUUUGAGAAGACGGUCGAGUCGCAGCGGGAUCGCUUCCAGGCGCUCAACAGGGAGACACUGCUGGAGAAGACCUUCCGGCAGCAGAGGGAGAACGAAGAGAAGAGGAAGCUGGAGGAUGAGAAGAAGAAGAACCAGAAUCGACUCGAUGCCAUCAAGCUCAAGGAGCAGGAGAGAAUACUUGACGAGCGUCGCAAGGCUCAGGAGGAGAGACAUCUCCGGAGACCGGCGGAGGCCGAGGAAGGUAGGAUGGUGAAAGAAGAGACCGCGCAAGCCACCGAGUACAGACCAGUUCAGGGAGCACCGAGAGAGGAGCACCUGAAAAAGUCUCCAGGAUCACCUACCAAGACGCCAAGAGAGGUGAAGAGGACCGACAGCGCGAAAGAGGAACUGAAGAGGAAGAAGGAUAAGCGGACACCAAGCUUCACCACGCGACGUCGCACAACCAGCUUUAAGAAAGCAAAG